GAGGAACAUUGUAUGCACCAAAUUUCAGUUGAAAGAUAUCCCUUAUAAUUGUGGACGGACGAAUCAGCAUAUAUGCAGGCUAUAACCCACUCUAUCGUAUCUUUCGAACUACAUAUACAGCACACAGCCCCCGCAGUCUGCACUCCCAAAACUCCCAAUCCCGGACAGUGUCCUAGCUAGCCACACGCCCAAAUUUCCCCAAAUCGAUCACACCAAAGGACGACGCAUCCACUCAGGCACGGACUAUGGGGAAAUUCAGUAUUGAGGCGUUCAUGCAGCUUGGUGUUUCUGAUGAGAUCAACUGGUUAAAGGGCACGGUGAGCUCCAUCAAGAAGACACUUGCAGAUGCUGACUACAGUGCCCUGAAAGAUGAUACAGUGAGGUCUUGGUCGAGGAAGCUGAAGGAUGUCAUGUACGAGGCCGCUGAUAUUCUUGAUGUCUGUGACGAAAUGGAGGGUGAAGAACAUGGUGGUCGCUCCAGGAACAGCCCGGUGGCCUUAUGCCUACCGAUUCAGGGCCACAAAAUCAGGCGGCAAGUUAAGGCACUACGCCAGAAGGCGGAUGCAAUUCUGGAGGAGGGGAAAAUUUUCGACCUCACUCAUGUCAGAUCUGAUGAAGAUCACAACGUGGAUGCUACUACUGCCUGCCAUGUUCCGAUUCCCCGAACUAAUGUUGUGGGGAGGGUGCAGGAGACUAGAAUGCUGGUUGAUAAGCUUACAGGGAAAGGCAUCUCAGGCCCAGGGAUGACUGGACAAAACGUUGAAGUCAUCGCAAUUGUGGGUAUGGGUGGAAUUGGCAAGACCACCCUUGCCAGAGAAAUUUUCACUAACGAUAUGAUCCAAGGGAAGUUUGACAAGAGACUGUGGAUCACUAUUAGUAAAGGUAAUAAUAGUAUUAGUCUAUUGCAACAGGUUAUACAAGGACUUGGGUGUGAGCAUGAAGGUAUUCGUGAUAGCGCAGUAUUGGAGCACAUCAUUUCCAGUGAAGUAAGAAGAAAGAAAGUUUUCCUUGUGAUGGAUGAUGUGUGGGAAGCUAGAGGGGUGGUGGACAUUUUUAAAAAAUCAUUUGUGGGCAACGCUCAAGCAGGCAGCCGAAUUCUCAUCACAACAAGAUCUAAACAAGUCGCUCAAGAGAUGCAAGCUGCUAUAGUCCACGAAGUCAGCAAACUAAGUUCUGAAGAUUCGAGGUCGCUGUUUCUUCAGGUGAUUAUGAGGAAGACCGGCCAAGAUGAGAACGAGAGAUUAAAGGAAGUUAAAGAGAAGAUCAUAGCAAAAUGCAAUGGUUCACCACUAGCAAUAAUCAUGCUGGCAGGGCGGCUCUUGGUAAACAGAAACCGAAGCGCAAAUGAAUGGGAGAUGCUUUUGGAAUACGCUGCAGAGCCAACAGAUCAUGGAGAUAUUGACAGCAUAUUCCACCUGUGCUAUGCGGUUUUGUCAUUUCCUUUGAAGCAGUGCUUCUUAUACCACUCGCUUAUUCCCAAGGAUCAUGUGAUCAGCUGUGACAAAGUUGUCCAGAUGUGGAUUGCUGAAGGAUUUGUUGGGGCUGAUGCUACUUCAGAGUUGCCAGAAGUCUUGGGGAUGAAAUACUACAAAGAAUUAGUUGCGAGACAUCUUUUGGAACCUGUUGACGAGUAUGAUGGCCAAGGUCAUUACAAGAUGGAUAACUUAGUCCAUACAUUUGCUAAAAAUGUAGUGGAAAGUGAAUCAUUAGUGGUUGAAGAGGGAGAGGAAAAUCCUGAACCGUUCGACGUCGAAGAGGGACAUAUUCGACGAUCUUGGGCAGCAAAAGAGAAAAUUGAAUGGAAAGCUCCAAAGGAGCUACACUCAUUAAGGACAUUAAUCAUAAUUGGAAAUGUUAUUGUUCAGGCAAGCACAGGCAGAACCUUGAGCUCCCUUUCAAGGCUAAGGACGCUACACGUUAACAAAAAUGAACAUGUACAUAUCCUUCUCGAUAGUUUGCAUCAUAUGAAACACCUGAGAUACUUGGACCUGAGUUACACAGAUGCCCUUGCUUUGCCCAAUGAUAUUGGUGAGAUGAAGUUUUUACAGUACAUUUGCCUUCAAGGCUGUAAAAAAUUGGUGAAACUUCCCAAGAGCAUUGUGGAACUGCACAAGUUAAGAUAUCUGAAUAUCUCUGAGACAAAAAUAAAGUCAAUUCCAGAAGAAGGGUUUGGUGGACUGAAGAAUAUGGUGUCACUGCAUGGUUUCCCCAGUCAGAUGAUGGAAAGCGUCAUAGCAAAAGAUUGGUGCAGCCUUGGGGAGUUAAAGUAUAUGUCCCAACUUAUGCAUCUUGCACUAGAGGGUCUGGAGAACUGUGCUUCCGGCUCAAUGGCUAGUCUUGCCAAAAUCGAUGAUAAGAAGAAUCUUGCAUCUUUGAGGUUAAGCUGCACAAGUAGACUGUCGGUUAACGGCGAGGUCGAUAAGGAGACAGUCGAGGAGGUGUUUGAUCAGCUUUGCCCUCCACCCAAAUUGCAGGAGCUAAAUAUUAAGGGAUUCUUUGGAGCUCGACUCCCGAGAUGGUUGAUUUUUACCAACCUUGCGGAACUGAGGGUAUUAAAGCUAGACAACUUAGUAUGCUGCAACCAGCUUCCAUCUACUUUAUGGCAGCUCCCUUGUUUGGAGUACCUCUACAUAAAGCAUACUCUGAAUGUCAAGCACAUCGGGCAUGGAUUCCUCCUCCAGUCAUCUAUACCUGGUCCUCGUGAAACCGACGUUGCAGCGACAACACCAACAGCAGCAACAUCAGCAACUGCAGCAACAGCAGCAACAACAACAACAACAACAAUUGGAGGAGGUAGUACCCACAACCGGGGGCCCUAUCAUCGGCUUUCUGGUGCUGGGUCAGUUGGUUCUGGCGAGGAGGGAGAGAUUGUGGCUGAGAGCGCAACAGAAGACGCAGCAACAACUACGGGAAGCAGCAAUGCAAUUGGCUUCCCAAAGUUGAAGAAACUUGUUAUGUAUGGCAUGAUGAAAUGGAAAGAAUGGGAGUGGGAAGAUCAAGUGGAGGCCAUGCCCAAGCUAGAGAACAUGCAUAUCAGCUGGUGCCUACUGAAUCAACUUCCUCCUGGGCUUGCAUCCCAGGCAAGGUCUCUAAGAAUUUUGGUUGUUGAUAAUGUCAAGAACCUCAUCUCCAUCGAUGGUUUCUGUUCAGUUGUCCAGCUCCACGUCUCCUCCAACUUCAAACUAGAGAGGAUCAGUGAUCUUCCAAAAAUGGAAAGCCUGACAGUUUCCAGAUGCCCAAAGCUGAAUAUUCUGCAGCGUUUGCCAGCAUUGCAGAGCAUGGAGUUGAAUGACCAAGAGAUGGAAAGGCUCCCAGAUUGUCUUAGAGAUCUUCCAGCAAAACUACGUCAUCUGCGGAUCACUUGCAACUUGGAUCUUCUCACCCUGAUCUCCCGGGGGAAAGGCACCCCCGAGUGGGAGAAGAUCAAACACAUCCAGCAAGUGAAUGCCUGUACAGAUGCGGAAGACGACAAGACCGACAAACGGUUUGUCUUCUACAAAAGAGAUUCCGACAGCACUGAGACGAAUAUCGAGCCGAGCCCGAGCACAUCCCAAGUUGGAGUAGGUGCACAGUAACAUGGUAAGAAGAUCAUAUGAGUAUAUGGGCCAAUUACAAGUGGAAAACGCCAUGGGGAUUUUGAAGGGGGCUAAUUUACAUCCAGAAGUUUUAGCUGAAGAUCCAAGAUUGGGUGACCGCAAAGAUGGAUGACGACUCAAGGCCACAAAUAGCAGGCGAUUCUGUUAAACUGGGAGAUCAGUGAACCAGAUUGAUUUUGCUUAGGGGUGUACUUGAACACUAAAAAAAGUGAAAACGGUAUGUGGGCAGUUUUUUGUUUUCUUUGCGAUUUGAUAUUUUUCUUGCGCAUUCGUGGUUACCAGAACAUCACAAUUGUCAGGUAGAUAUUGUUCAGGUUCUAUGUAUUAAUGUACUCAUUACUGAAUAAAAACUCUCCAACCCUCUUUAGAUAA